AUGCGAAGUGAUGGACAUUACAAUACUGCACCAACCUCGGCUAUGGUUCCUGUUAAAUUACUUCGACAAGGAUUCUCAUAUACAUGGUUAAUACCUACUGCUGAUACAGAUGGUGAUACAGUAAAAUGUCGAUGGGCUAGUGCCACCGCUGUAGUACCAACUGGUGUCAUUGCUGAUGAAUGCGCUGGAAUUUGUGGUACUUUUCCCGGAGCAAGACUUAACUCAUCCAGUUGCAUGAUGUCUUACACAGCGUCAGCCGUUGGUUUUUGGGCUGUUAGUCUGAUGAUGGAAGAUUAUGAAUUUUCUUGGCAAACAACUCCAUUAUCGGCCACACCUUUACAGUUUAUUGUUGAAGUCUAUGCAUCGACUAGUAGCUGUGUUGUUGGACCAUCAUAUACGGGAGCUCGUCCAGCGGGUGCUUGUGUUGGUGUAGAUAUUGGUCAAACAGUCGUAGAACAAGCCAUUUUCACUGUUGGUUGUUCAGGUGUAACACUUUCGGAUGUACUCACUACAUCACCACCUGGUAUGACUCGUGGUACAGUCACUCAAUCAAGUACCAAUCCAUUACAAUAUACAAUGACAAUGACAUGGACACCACCUUCAUCUGCUUGGGGUUCAAAUCUUGUUUGUUAUACACCAAUCGAUAGUUUGGGCCAACAAGGCAAUACACAAUGUGUCACUUAUCUUGUUGCUGUUACUGCACCUGAACUUAUCUAUACAAGUUAUGUCAAUGGCACCAUGUCUCCUGUAGGUACGAUUAUGUCUACUCAAAAUGUAUGGCGUGUUCAAUGUACAAAAGCAGUCAAUCGUCCAUCAACUGCAGCAUAUAUUCGAUUUUAUCAAACGUCAACUGCUACACAAAUAUAUGCACUUGAAGCUAGCACUGAUACAACCAAUGUUAUUUAUUCAAAUUUUACAUUGAUCUUUUUCACACACUAUACAUGGAUACUUGGUGAAAGCUAUUACAUUUUAUUUGAUAAUGGUGUUGUAACGGGUACUGAAUUUUGUGGUCCACAAUCAAGACCAAUUCUUGAUCCAAACUUUUGGACAUUUAAUAUUUUUAAUUCAGCCGCCUAUUCUAAUUUGACUGGAAUGUCAACAUCAAGUACAACAACAAUUAUUCCGAAUAUAACAACACAAGCUAUAUCAACAACAACAGCUAAUCCAGCUAUUACAACAACUGGAAUUACUGUUCCAAGCUCGACUACACCUUAUACUGGUAAAUAUUUUUGUUUAAUUAACUUACGUCAUUGGUUUAAUAUAUUAGGUACUGGUGCAAGUUCAACAGUUCGAACAACAACAACAUCUACUAGCAGCACAUGUGAGAUGCAUUAUUUUGAUGUAUUCUUUUAUCUAUCUAUUGAUUUUUUUAAUAUAGCAACGAUAUCGACGACAUCAACAACAGCGACAACAACUAAUCCACCGGUUCAAAUGCUACGACCAAGUGAUAUUAUCAAAAAAUGUGAACAACCAGUUGUUAUUGGUACAUUAUUAUCUACAACUGUUGUUGGAGCUAUAUCUUUAGUUAUUUAUGGUGUUUUUAUGGCUAAAAUAGCAGCAUCAAUGUGA